GUUUACGACGUCGGGGGUUAGACGAAAGGGUUUAGUCUGGCCCGGGUUCGUGGCUGUUUCCGCCGUCUGCCUCUGGUGGCCCCAAGCUCAUGUCCCAGCUUCCCAGAGGAGGGUGACCAAUGGAGAAAGAGUCCUUCAGCGGCCACCACCUCCAGGACGCAGGAGCCAGGUCUUCCUGGGCGAGAGGUCUGGAGUUUUGGUCACAGCUGUCUCUCGGGCGAGCGCAGUGUAAGCUGAACCCUUCGCGGGGCCGGGCGGGUGGGCACCGUGCUCCCCUCCUUCUCCGCCAGCGUCCGUGUCAAGAAAUGAAAUUUGCGCUGAAGAGGAAAGCAAGAACCAUACUGAUACUCCAAGAUCUUCCUAGCUCCUCAGAAAGUCAACAAAUAUUUACCAAGAAGCUGUCAUCUGCCUGGGACUGUGAAGGUGCAGGACAGAGAGAUCGCAGGGACACCACACCUCUCCUCAACGAAGUUUCCUAGCAACAAGGACACCCUGUGCCCUCAGGAUCCCAGAGGCAGCACUGAGCUGCUAAGCACCUGCCUUGGAAUCUGACGUAGGAGACCCAGCGCUCAGGUUUAAAGCCAAUGUCACACCUGGAUAACUUUCCUUGCCAUGUUUCUGGGGAGCAAGGUUAACCCCAGGGGAAGUCGGCAGCUUUCCAGAAAGUUGGAGAAGCCGGACACCCGACAUGCCUCGCUGUGGGAGGAUUGACGUCCACCUUGAGGGGCGACAGCUUCCAAGACACAGACUCCGGUGGCCUUGCACUGACGCAUUUACCGGCGGCGGCGGGCGGCAAGAGCAGGAAAGGUGAAAUUGUUUAAGAAAGGAUUCCUGCCCUGUUCCACUUACCGGGUCCCAGCCAUGGCAGCGGUCUUGGGGACCAGCAGAGGGUCCGGAGGGCUGAGCAGUCAACUGAAAUGCAAGUCCAAGCGGAGGAGGAGGAGGAGGUCCAAGCGGAAAGACAAAGUGAGCAUGCUGUCCGCCUUCAUCGCUUCCUUCAAGCACGUGAGCCCCAGGGCCGCACACACGGAGGAUGAGGACAACCUCAGUACCAGCAGUGCCGACGUGAAGGAAAACCGCAACGUGAGCAACCUGGAGGCCAGGCUGCCACCCUCCGGGGACAGGGCCCGAGGGGGCGCACCCGGCCUGAAGAGGAAGCGGCCACUGGAGGAGGGCAACGGCGGCCACCUGUGCCAGCUGCGGCUCCUCUGGAGGAGGCUCUCGUGGUCGGUGGCACCCAAGAACGCGCUGGUGCAGCUGCACGAGCUACGGCCGGGCCUGCAGUUCCGCACGGUGUCGCAGACCGGCCCGGUGCACGCACCCGUCUUCGCCGUGGCCGUGGAUGUGAACGGGCUCACCUUCGAGGGCACCGGGCCCACCAAGAAGAAGGCCAAGAUGCGGGCGGCCGAGCUGGCCCUCCGGUCCUUCGUGCAGCUCCCCAACACCUGCCAGGCCCACCCGGCCCCAGGCGGCACAGCCCCAGACUUCACCUCCGACCAGGCCGACUUCCCCGACUCCCUGUUCCAGCGGUUCGAGCCCACGGCCCCCAGCGAGGGCUUCCCGGGCCGCCGCCCUGCCGCCCCUGAGCGCCUGUCCACGGCCUGCCGGCGGGGCCGGCUACUGGGCCGCCCGCUGGACCCCGACCUGGACCUGGACCUGGGGAGCCCCGCGGCUCCAGGCGCGAGGAACCCAGUGGUGCUGCUGAACGAGCUGCGCUCGGGCCUGCGCUACGUGUGCCUCUCGGAGCCCGAGAAGAGGCGCGCCCAGAGCUUCGUCAUGGCCGUGAGCGUGGACGGGAGAACGUUCGAAGGCUCGGGACGCAGCAAGAAGCUGGCCAAGGGCCAGGCGGCCCAGGCCGCCCUGCAGGCCCUCUUCGACAUCCGGCUGCCCGGCCACGUCCCCAGCAGGAGUAGAAGUCACCUCCUGCCUCAGGAAUUCGCCGACACGGUGUCCCAGCUGGUCACGCAGAAGUUCCACGAGCUGGCCAUGGGCCUGGCGUCAGCGCACGCCCGCCACAAGGCGCUGGCUGGGAUCGUCAUGACCCAAGGCCUGGACGUCAGGCAAGCCCAGGUCGUCGUCCUGUCCUCGGGGACCAAGUGCAUCAGCGGCGAGUACAUCAAUGACCAGGGGCUGGUGGUCAACGACUGCCAUGCGGAGAUCGUGGCCAGGAGGGCGCUGGUCCACUUCCUGUAUGCACAGCUGGAGCUGCACCUGAGCAAGCGGCGCGAGGACAGCGAGCGCUCCAUCUUCGUGCGGCUGCAGGAGGGCGGCUACCGGCUGAGGGAGGAUGUCCUGUUCCACCUCUAUGUGAGCACAUCCCCCUGCGGAGACGCGCGGCUCCACUCGCCCUACGAGCUCACCACGGACCUUAGCAGCAGCAAGCACCUGGCCAGGAAGUUCCGGGGGCGCCUGCGCACGAAGAUCGAGUCCGGGGAGGGGACAGUGCCCGUGCGUGGCCCAGGCACGGUGCAGACGUGGGACGGCGUCCUGCUGGGCGAGCAGCUGGUCACCAUGUCCUGCACGGACAAGAUCGCCAGGUGGAACGUGCUGGGGCUGCAGGGUGCGCUGCUCUGCCACUUCAUCGAGCCCGUGUACCUGCACAGCAUCGUGGUGGGAAGCCUGCACCACACCGGCCACCUCUCCCGGGUCAUGAGCCACAGGACCGAAGACAUCGGCCAGCUGCCCGCCUCGUACCGGCACAACCGGCCCCUCCUCAGCGGAGUGAGUCAGGCCGAGGCGCGGCAGCCUGGGAAGUCGCCCCACUUCAGCGUGAACUGGGUGGUGGGCACGGCGGACGUGGAGGUCAUCGACGCCACCACCGGAAAGCGGAGCUGCGGCCGCUCGUCCAGGCUCUGCAAGCACAGGCUCUCGGCCCGGUGGGCGCAGCUCUACGGCAAGCUGAGUGCACGGAUCCCAAGCCACGGAGACACGCCGUCCAUGUACUGUGAGGCCAAGCUGGGGGCACGCACCUACCAGGCUGUCAAACAGCAGCUAUUCAAAGCAUUCCAGAAGGCCGGCCUGGGCACCUGGGUGAGGAAGCCGCCAGAGCAAGACCAGUUCCUACUAAUGCUAUGA